CUGUAUGUGUGUUUGGAUGUUUGCUCUAGACACAAAACCAAAACACUAAUAACAGCGUUAAUUUAUCAGGGAUUAUUAUAAUGUGCCAGAUUACAUCUGAAAAGGUGAACAAAUGAGCCUGUAGCACUGACUUUCAUUCACAUGCUGCACGUUUGUGGUUUGUGUGGCGGCUGAACGUGUGUAUCUGUGUUUCUUUACCCUAUUUUCUUGUGUGCUGCUGUUUUCGCCGUCCUGCUGAAACACACACCCCUUUGUCCCUCCCCCCCCUGCCAACUGACAGGCUGAGGACAGCCACAGAGGCCCCUCCCACCAGCAGGCUGGUCGGGGGUGGGGGUUAUGACGGUGGCUGUGGCGGCUCACGUCAGGCCGAUUUGAUCUUUAUCCCCCUGAGCAAGCGCACUGCACGCCUCCUGAGCUCCGGGCAGCGCGGAAAACACAGGCAGCCGUUAAAGAGCCAGACAACAAACCAAACAUGGCAGCCCUCCAGCCCGGCUGUCAGCGGCCAGCCCCGGCGGCUCCCCCAGCAGCGCAGGACGGCGAUGGGGCUCCCUAACCUGCCUGUCUGCGGGUCUCUGCCUCCUUCACUCCCCGUUUUUUCAUUUAAUUUUUUUCUUUUAUAAGCCUGAGAUCAAUCCCAGCGUUUCUCCAGCUGUCCCUGCACGGCCACUCGAGGCUCCUUGGAGAUUGAGGAAUGUAAAUCUGCAAUCAUGAUGGAAGGAUUGAAGAAACGUACCCGAAAGGCUUUCGGGAUACGCAAGAAAGAGAAGGAUGCCGAUUCCACGGGAUCGCUGGACAGAGAUGGAUGUGACCAUCAAGAGACCGAAUCGCCACAGCAAAAGAGCAACGGUGCUCCAAAUGGGAUCUGUGGAGAAAUGGACUGGGAGCGAUAUAAUGCUCCUGACGUGGACGAGGAGGGGUACAGUAUUAGGCCGGAAGAUGACGAAGAGGGCAUUAAGGGAAAGUUUUUCUCAUCCAGUGAUUCUGAAGGGGAGGAUGACCAGCUGAAAAAGUUCAAAAUCAAGAUCAAACCUAAAGAGAGUGCUGAAAUUAUCACACCCUCCAUGGAGGAGCUGAAGGCUUCUAUAGGAAACAUAGCACUAUCUCCUGCUCUAAUGGGCCUGAUGAAAGCGAAUAUGACUGGUGAAGAAAUCGCAAGACCGAGACGGUCCGUGAUCACAGCACCCCCGGUUGCAGCUUUCGAAAAUGCACCCCCAAGAGAUCCAACUCCGAUACCAGAGGACUCGGCCACCUUAUUUGGACCUCCUCUAGAGACAGCGUUCGAAGGAGAGAAAAUGGAAGCGGUUAUAGACGAGCCCGGUGUGUGGGGUGCAGCUCCUACUGAGUCACCUGACUUUCCUUCCGGAACUCCACCUCUGCAUCCACCCAAGAAUGUCUCAGCCCUGCCUCCCUUGUUUGGGCCCCCAUCCACAUUUCCUGAGAUGUCGAGGAAUGGAGGCGAUGAGCCAUCAGAAUCAGUCAAGCCCUCAUUCGCGGACCUGGACUCCAUCUUUGGACCUGUUAAAGCCCCUGAACCCAUGGAGGCUGUGGUGGAGAAUAAAUGGAUCAGCUUCAGUGAUGACUCACCCGAGAGACUCCUCCCUCUGGGAGAACAGGCCCCGCCCCUUCCUCAGGCUCCGCCCCCAGACUCACCCCCUCGAGUUCCAGCCACUCCCCCUCAGGAGGACAAGUCUGACCGACCUAGAAGCUCCUCCCCAUUGUCUGUUCACAUUAUUCCCCCACAACUUGAAAAUAACCAGGGAGAUCAGAAGAGCCUGGGAGCCACACCGGGCAGUCAGAACCUCCCAGGGUCCGCGGCCUCACAGGCAGAACCUCCCACGUCCUCACCUGAACUCUGCUCUGGCUACGGCCCCGAGAGUGGGUCUUCAUCCCCGGCUCGCCCUUCCACACCUGUGGCUGGCAGCGAACCUGCCCCACCCCCUCCCCCGCCAAGACCCCCCUCAAGACCUUCAGCACCCCUUGGGAAGCCCAGUGUGGGGGAAGGGGCCCCAGUGUUCUGCCCCCCUGUCCCUUCCUGCAGCCCCCCACCCCUUGCCCCGCUGGCACGGGCAGAGAGCACCUCCUCCAUCUCCUCCACCAACUCGCUAAGCGCCGCCAACACACCCACCGUCAGUCGGGAGCCCUCAGGUGCCGUGUCAGAAAAUGACCAGCCUUCCCUGGUUUGGUUUGACAGAGGGAAGUUUUAUUUAACCUUCGAAGGCUGUUCCCGAGGGCCCAGUCCUCUCACCAUGGGUGCCCAGGACACCCUUCCUGUGGCGGCUGCAUUCACAGAGACCAUCAACGCCUACUUCAAGGGGGCAGAUCCAAGCAAGUGUGUGGUGAAGAUCACUGGGGAGAUGGUGCUGUCCUUCCCGGCCGGGAUCACAAGACAUUUUGCUAAUAAUCCCUACCCAGCCGUCUUAACGUUCAGCAUAACCAACUACGACCGACUGGAGCACGUCCUCCCUAACCCUCAGCUGCUGUGCUGUGAUGCUACGCAAUCCAGUGGUAACUUCUGGGUGAACAUGGCCAGCUUGAUGGUCCACCUGAAGAAAGUGGCCGAGCAGAAGCCCCAAGCCACCUACUACAACGUGGACAUGCUGAAAUAUCAGGUAUCUUCCCAGGGCGUCCAAACCACACCACUGAAUCUGGCGGUCAGCUGGAGGUGCGAGUCGACAUCCACAGACCUCCGGAUUGACUACAAGUACAACGGGGAGGUCAUGAACGUGCCCACGGCACUCAACAACGUGCAGUUCCUGGUGCCCGUGGAUGGCGGCGUGACCAAACUGCAGGCGGUCCUUCCCCCCGCGGCGUGGAAUGCGGAGCAACAGCGGGUCCUGUGGAAGAUUCCGGAUAUUUCACAGAAGUCGGAGAAUGGAGGUGUUGGUUCGCUACUGGCGAGGUUCCAGCUGACGGACGGGCCCAGUAAACCUGCGCCGCUAGCAGUCCAGUUCACCAGCGAGGGUAGCACUCUUUCAGGCUGUGACAUCGAGCUGGCGGGGACCGGGUACAGGUUAUCGCUCGUCAAGAAGAGGUUUGCAGCAGGAAAAUACUUAGCGGAUUAACUAGUCUGAAGAACAUAAGGAAGAUCUUCUCACUGAACUGGACAGUGGAGACCUUUUCCAAAUGAACAACAUGACGACUCCUCCGUUGAGCCCUUUAUACCAUGUGUUAGGAGGACGUGAUGGCCAAGUCUGCAGUGUUACAGUGUAUAACCCGCGUGUAGAGUCGCUGAGAGUCUGGGGGUGUAAUUAUCGUACCUGUAAUGUGUGCCCAUCUCUGAGCAUCUGUGUUAUGUUUAGACUGCUGCGUUGAUUUCUGAGAUUCCCAGCUGUUUAUUUUGAGUGUGUUGUGGUGUCCGGACCUUUUUACUGCAGCUGCCUGACUACUCAGUUCAAACUAAUAUCCAUUUGUCCGCAAAAAAAGACGUUUGAAUGGGGCAGCGUCUUGCAUUCUCAGCGCCCCGAGGGUGAGGCACCAGUCUUUCCAGAGGUCUGCAGGGUGCUCUGAGAAUCCUUCGUUAUUUUCAGAAGAUGUCAGGCUGGAAGAGGGAAAGGGUUCCAGGUGAGGGUGUUCAAAUUUAUUUCUCUACUAUCCCUCCAGCACGGCAGUAUUUUUGCCUCCAACUGAGAGCUUAGUAUCUAAACAAUAGUUUACAGAACGGCUUAUCCAUUACCAAAGCAGUACGCAUCAUUUUAUUAAUAAUAAAUUUGAAAAUAAACGAGGCGCUGAAGAAGUGCUGAUAUGGGAGUUUUACUUACACAAAAAUGUUCUGAGAGCUGAAUGAAAAGUGAUUGGCUCAGAGAGAGAACCAAUCAGAUUGUAGAGGGGGUGGGUCCAGGCAAAUAACGGAGGCAGGACCGAAACAUCUGAUUGAAUCAUUCUGCCCUCAGAACAUUUUUGUGUAAGCAAAAAAACUCCCACAAAGCUCAGCAAAUAAAUUGUAGAAAGGGUUAUGUUCUUUUUUUAAUUUUAGAAAAUGGUCGCGUAUUCUGAUCAAACGUUUUAUUUCUGAACAUGAAAAUAUGGCAGGACUCCUGCUGAUACGGUUUGCUUUGAUGACCCGUUAUUAAGCUACUGAUGACACGUUUUCACAGCAGGUCCUCGCCGGGGGUGUCCUGCCUAUCGGGGCGUUUAUGCGGCAGGUAUUCCGACAGCGUGGGGUCCCCUUAGGGCUGGAAAACACUCAGGUUUUUCUUUGUUCGUGUGUCUCCUUGUUUGCGUGUUUUGUUUGUGCUGCUUCGUUUAAUUUAUUGUGAAUCCUGUACGCCUUGGCAAUCCCCUGGUCCCAGUACCGGGGCAAUUUAGUGUUAGCUGGGGUUGGUGCACUUUCUCGACGGGACGGUGGCGGAGUUUUCUGUUCCGGAUCUCGCCGUCCCGUGUCCGGUCGCCUUGCAUUAUUAGCACUGAAUUAUUACCGUUGGCAUGGCGGAGCCCUGCAUGCACUGUUCAUUUUAAUUUAAUCUUUUCAGCCCAUCGUGUCGAUCUGCAGAAACGUUACACUCAAAAGUCUCGAUUUUUUUUCCUCCUCUUGAAAAAGUCGUGCAAUGUUUUACCACAAGCUCAUUGGAAGACCCUGUGCCAUAUUUUCACAGAUUUUAUUGGCAUAAAUUAAUGACAUUAUAAUUAGUAAUGGUUUGAGGGUUUCGCAGAGCGGUGUGCGUCGCGUUCACAGGGAUGCAGUACAGUGCUGAUGCUAUAUUAUUUCUCUCAUUGAAGAUAGAGGUAGAAACACAAACAGUUAUCUUUGGUCACCAAGUUUACACGCAUCCAGAAUAACAAACCCGCUAAAAAGCUUUUAACAGCAUCUGAUGGAAAGGAGGUGGACAAGAUUUAAACCAAAAAUGUAUUAAAUCCCGUUGUACGUUUUUGUGAACUCUGUACAAUGUAUUAUUACUCGUUCUCUUUUUUAUGACUUGAAGUUUAGUCUUUUUCUAAAAAGUAUAUUCUGCGGGUGUCUCGAUUAUUUUUUUUUAUUCAGGGUGCAGUCAAACUGAAGGACUAUUCUUUGAAGCUGAACAUUGCUUUUCCUACUCUAUAUAAUGUUAUAUUUUUGUUGUGAAGUGGUUAAUUGAGUAGAUGGGCAGCUUCAAUUAUCUUUUUUUCCCAGUUGCAAUAUUUUAAAAUAUGUUUUACCUUAACGAUGUAUAAAGUGUAAUUUUGAAUUAGUACUAUUUGUCGUGAGGGGUGUUCCUCUCUGCUGUCAGAUAGCUCAUACUUUCUUCCUCAGGCGUCAGUAUAAAACUUUACAGUAUGACAUAUUUUUAUUUAUUGUUGAUACUGAUUUGUUGUAAAAAAAAAAAAGUGAUCUGUAUAUUAGAUUUUGGAUGCUAUAAAAGAUUUAGAAACAUUAAAGUUAUAAAUAUGAAUCCUUUUUUGUUAACUGUGUGGAGUGCUAACCUGCGGAGUAUAAUGCUGAGGUAUAAUUUAAAGUUUUAUUUCGGGUAUUUUUUUUUUUUUAUUGAAUUGCUAAUUUCCUCUGGCAUACAGUUCCCAUUCACGUGCUUUUGCUAAAUUUUAGCUGUUGAACACGUUUAAAUUCGUAGCUUCAAUUUACAUGCAGUGAUGCAUGUGUGGGGGGUCGGACUAAUUAUUUUAUAUAACUGUGCUGAGGAUAACGUCUCCCAAACCUUGGAAACGGUCAGUUGUUUUCAUUUAUAUAGUAUGAACUGACUUCCACGGUCUGUCGGCAACAUCUAUGGAUGGGGGAUGUAGCCUAUUCUGGGCUCCCGAAUGGAGCAGGGUUAGGGUCUGAUCAUUUAAAAAAAUGUGUGAUGCACACAUGUACGGAACCUGAAAAGAAUGGUACCGCGGUGUUAUAAAUAAAUAGCUAAUAAAUGCAUAAAAAAUUUAUGGCACUUUACCUUGAAAAAACACGUGAAGUUUGGUGGGGUGGAAAGUGGUGUCGAAUGUUUGCUGCUUGUGAAUUAUAGUUAGUAAAGGUUGUUCCCGAUUUUCUUUCUCUCCUCAAUACAUAAGCUUAUAUUUUGCACACACUUCUUGACUUUUUCGAUCCAGGACACGUAGACAUGUUUGUGGGUGUUAAAUGAGCGCUUAUUAUUAUAAAAGUUACCAAAUGCGGAUGAACAGCAAAAACAUUGCUGCGGUAACUUUCAGCCCUGUGUGUUAACCUGGUGUUUUUCCGCGCAUAAACCAACUGUAAUUGUUCUCAAUACUCUAUCUGAAUCGCGUUGGAGUAAAUCUGCGUUUCCAAAACAUGCGUUAUAUAGGCGAAUAUACUGUAAAAUUUCUUUGUGCAGUAAAACCCUUCCUUAGAGUUUCAUUAGGCCCUGCAUCCUUAACACGAACAUUUCCCACAAGCCAUGAAAAUCAGGAUUUAAUCUCAGCUAAAAAAAUUUGACCGAAUAAUAAUAUUUAUUCGACUUGUGUCGUCUUGGUUUUAUGAGAUAUCCGACUGUUUUAUUUAGGUUUUAUGUUUUGAAGAUUUAAUCAUUUUCGUUUCACGUUUUUAAGAGGAAUAAAAUGAGUAAAACCUACAGUAUUUGUCUAUCUUUAAAGUUGCAAGAAAUUAAGAUACAGUACUUCUGGUUUAAUUAAAAAUAAGUACAUAUUAUUUAUUAUGUAGUCCAAGUCCUUGUUUAGCAUAAGAGGGUGUUUGAAACUCCCCUUAAUUCAGAAGAUAAGGAAAGAUCUGAAUUGUACUCCAGUGUGCUGUCCUCUGAUGUGAAGUGACUGGACUGCUGAGAUGCCGCAGCUAAGCGUCCCUAAUGUCGUACUGGAUUCACAGUAUUGCUGUUUGGUGUGAUUUUAAUGUGAGGCGUUGUGUUUUAGAUCCUUAACAGCCUUUUCGGUUACCAGAUGUACCAUCAUCUCCACUUCACACCACUUGUGUGUAUCACCUGCUCUUUAUGAAUUGUCAUCUCUACAAAUAUUACUUGCCUUAUACAUUAGUAUAAAUUGCACACCAUACCCUGUGUACGUACAUUUCUUUUUAUAUGCUUAUUAUUUAACUCGGUAUUGUCUACCUGUACACUUUAUCCAUUGAAUACUGAAUAUGCAAUUGUCUAAUGUAUAUGUAAAGUAAAUAUAUACAAAUCCCUCUAAUAUUUUGCAAGCUUUCCGAAUGCCCAUAAUGUAACAUUUAAAAUGUCAAUGUUAGUUUCAUUUGAAAUAAAGUGGGUAAUAUUGA